AUGAGCAGCGUCAACGAUGCCACGGGAGCCGACUCCCACAACGACUCCAUCCCGCUUGAUAUAGAGGAGAGCUCCAUGUCCAUCUACUCGGAUGAAGAGGGCGAAGGCGACUACGACCCGUCUAGCCAGCUCUCCGAAGACGCCGCCUCUUCGCUCGACUACAGUUCGGUGAGUCGCACCUACGCUUCCCACUCGCGCACGAGCGGUAUGCACGCACGCUCGGAGGACUACACCGGCACCGCCAGCUAUUAUUCGAACGGUGCUGCCUCCAACUCGUUCGGCUACGACGACGAGGACUAUUCAAGCGGUUACGGCUCCCUGACCUACGGCGACUCUGCGCUGCGCUCCCCACAGUCGGAGCUGAGCUCGACCUUCGCCUCGCUCUACUACGAAAACGAGUACGUGGUGAAGAUGCGGGCCACCCUGCGCUUCCUGCGGCGUCCCCUCUACUACUUCGCCUUCACCACGGCCGGCAGCGGCGUUGUCGGGAGUGUCUGCCGACUAGCCACAACCUUUGCCAAGCGUUUUGUCGAAAGCGGCACCAGCAUCGCCGAUCCCUCCUUAGGCGCUUGCCCGGGUAGUGCCGCGAGUUGCGCCAGUAGCUGUUCGAGCCUGCCGUCAGGGUACCUGAGCGUGCCGGAGUGGCUGCGCGAUGUGCGCGCAUCGCUGCCGAGCGUGAUGGAGAUGUCGGCGGCGUGGCUGCUGCGUCGUUACGGUAUACCAGUGCUCUCGGAGGUGAUGCAGAGGCAGCAGCAGGAGUCCGCCACGGCGGCGGCGGCAGCGGCCACCAUGGCAACCCAGGUCAGCACCGGCGUGCAGGAGAUGUGGCACUCCUGGCAGAAGACAGGGCCGUCCAUCCCGGUGGCGCUUUUCUUGCCAAUCUUUUCCGCAGUAGUCUUUAAGGUGGCGCAGCACGUCCGUCCUAAUGCCUCAAAUCUGACAGAGAUGCUGCGCCCACGGCAGGACGCCGAAAACGUUGACGUUGCCUCCGUACAAGUGAAGACCCCGUCACCGGCACAUCCGUCGCUGGUCCUGGAAGCCAGUCCGAUCCCGGCGACGUCGUCCUCAGCAGAGAGCGUGAGCCCACAGUCCGUGUCGGUGGACUUGCUACCUUCCUCGAGUGGAACGGCGUCUGCCACGAUGAACCGCCACAAUGCCAACGGUGAAGGUUUGAACUCGAAACCCGCACCCCUCACAGUAUCACCGGCCGACAUCGCUACCGCGACGAGUGUAUCCCCUGUAGUGCCGCGUGUGAGUGCCUCGGACAUCGGUGGUGUUUCUCCGAGCUCGCCGGAUGACUACCCGGGUGACUCGAACGGCCGGUCUCGCUCAACAACGCAGGCACCGCAGACACAUCGGCGUGCUGCUGACGUUGCGGCACGGGAGGGUGACGAGAAAAAUGGCCAGGCGCUUGAUGUGCACGCCAAUGCCGACGUAGCGUAUUUAUCGCAAGUGUCGGUGUCGCCGUCGCCGCGCCCUUCAGGGGGUGACUACAAGCCAGCGAGCGAACCACCCGGAAAAGUAUUCUCUGCUGCUUCUCCGUCAGUGUCACCACUGCCGCAUGUCCCUCAGCCGCGCUUUGAGGGCAACGGGACGGGUCGAAUCCUCCCAGCGAAAAACUCUACCCUGCGUGGUGACCUCGUGGCUGCGGUGGCAAAUGUGGGCGAGGUGUGGUAG